AUGCCCACACUCGAGGUUUCGCACUUCAAUAUCGUGCUAUCCCUUUUGGGCGGCUGGUUAUCUUUAUUCGGGUUGGUGUCGUAUUUGGUUAAAGAGAGUCUCUACAUUUCCGAGGCCUUAAUCUCCCUCUUAGCGGGCGCGGCUUUCUCUCCGUAUGCUGCCAACCUGAUUGAUCCCUUAGAGUACGCGGGAUCUCGCAUCAAUCUAACCAGUGCUACUCUCAAUUUCACCCGGCUUGUUCUAGGCAUACAGCUUGUCAUCGCUGGUAUUCAGUUGCCAAGUCGUUAUCUAGUGAAGGAAUGGAGGUCUCUGCUCUUACUGCUUGGCCCCAUCAUGACGCUCAUGUGGGUGACAACAAGCUCCAUCAUUUGGUUGAUGAUCCCCAGGUUACCCUUUUUACAUGCUCUUGCUAUCGGCGCCUGCGUCACACCGACGGAUCCAGUGCUCUCUAGCGUCAUCGUGAAAGGGGGAUUUGCAGAUUUGAACAUCAGCAAAGAUCUUCAGAAAAUUGUCAUCGCAGAGUCCGGGUUAAACGACGGACUCGGUUAUCCAUUCCUAUUCUUCGCGCUGUAUCUCAUUAAAUACACUGGCGGUGGAGAAGCCGAGUCCGGAGGCGCCGGUCACGCGAUGGGACUCUUUCUCGGUGAAACGUGCGGAUACGUUGUUCUUUUAAGUAUCGUUUACGGCGCAAUUGUCGGUUGGGUCGCCAAACGGCUGCUUCGCUUCUGCGAUGACCGCGGCUUCAUCGACCACGAGUACUCCAUGGUAUUUGCUAUACCUUUGUCGCUAUUCAUUCUAGGGACUUGUGGUCUCAUCGGCAGCGAUGAUAUUUUGGCCUGUUUCGUAGCUGGUAAUGUUUUCACUUGGGACGAUUGGUUUCGGCUGAAAACCCAGGAUGAGCCCACGAUCGACACCCUCCUUAACGUAGCCAUCUUCAUGUGGUACGGGAUUGCCUGCCCAUGGAACCUGUUUUGGGAAAAUGAUACCAUCUCAUUCUCCCACUUGAUCGUAUUAGGCAUUCUUAUCCUUCUUUUCCGCCGGCUUCCCUACAUCUUCGCAUUUCGGUCGCUGCUCCCUCAGACCAGAACCAGGAAGGAUGCCGCAUUUAUGGGAUUCUUCGGCCCCAUAGGCUGUUCAGCGAUGUUCUACCUCUACAUCACCAUGGAGUUCGUCAAUGGUCUCAAGAUAGAUGAUGGGGACGUAUUUCGAGAGGACGUCAAAUUCCUCCGCCAGGAUGUAAGAGUUGUUGUUUGGUUUUUGAUGAUAUGCAGCGUGGUGGUCCAUGGGCUCUGUAUACCCCUUGGUAAUAUAGGCCUACAUUUGAGACGGGUUGCUAGUGGAAAUCUCCAAUUUCGAAUGGAUCGUUACCGCACUGGUAUUUCUUUCGGGAAUGCCUCCUUGUUUUCGUCCGAGGCAGAACGACAGCCUAUCUUAGGGAGCAGGUUAUGA